GAAGUUAGUGGAGGAAAAGCGAAAAUGCAAAACAGAACGAAAGUAGAAAACUAGAAAGUAAGAGGAAGAAAGGAGAGAAAAGAUGGGUAAAGGCGUGAUGAGAGUAAUGGAGAGCGUGGGUCGUUAAGACGGUUUCGCUUGGGUUCGCGUGGCGUGCGAGCUAAGCCUAAGCUCUCAAUCGAUUAUCCUUCUCUCGCCAGCGAAUGGAAACGUUUAUUUUCUUUUUCUUUGGAGGGUAAAGGCUUUUUCUGAAAUGGAGCGCGACAGCAAGAAGAGAAGAAGAGACGACGACGACGAAGAGAAGACGGACUGGGAUGUGUGCAUGAAAAAGCAAGAGCAUGUCGGCGUCGGCUUCGAAGACUCCGAUAUCUUCAAAGUAUCAGAUCCGUUUCGGCCAUUUGGAGUGUUCGAUUUCCCCUGGCUUAAAGACAAUCUGGUGCUCGAAUCGGAAGACUGGAAAUUCGACGACGUCUUCUCUGCUUCUCUGGGCGACGUAUCGGUCUCUGUUGGUGGGGGAGUCGAUUUUGGGGGUCAGUGUUUGUGUCAGACUCCGGCGUUGGUUGAGAUUCUUCCCGGCGAUACGUUGGAUGAAGAAUCGUGGCCAUGCGAGGGGGGCAUGAAUGAUAUCGACGGUGGUGAUUGCAUUUGGAGCUCCGUACUGAGUCAGCCGCUUUCCACCGGUUUCAGCAAGGUUCCUAACGCGUGACCACUGAUUAUAAAAAGGGAUUGAAUUCGUUUAUGAUUCAUCUUCUCUUUUCUUCCAAUUUUUUUUUGUUCUUUGUCUCUGAAUUUGUUGACCAUACGAUUUUGAUCCCUGAACGAUUUGAUUCAAGGAUGGUGGAUUAAUGGGUCCUA